AAAGUCUCCUUUCAAGUUCUUGGUCAAAAGGUGAGGGGAGAAGGGGAGGAGAUUUUAGGUGACAUCCAAACGAAAAGCUUCAGCCCCCUUCUUUAUAGCCUUUUGUUACAAGUAUAAAAACAAGGGUGCAAACAGAAGUCAGUUUUGCCAUUAAUGUCUGAUUUUGUAUCUUUUGCUAGCAAGAGGGGAUGUGCAUAGUGUGAGGAGAGAGAGGUACAACAAGAAGAGAGAAAUUAAGAGAGCAGUAGUAGAGGUGUGCUGCAGGAGGAUGGUCAGGGCCUUCAUAAGGGCUUCAUGGGGGGCUCCAGAGAGGAAGAUCGUCAGCACCACAAUCACCUCCCUUCUGAGCUCCCCCUCGGCUUCCGGAGCUCCUCACCGACGACGAUGAUCGCCUCUUCCUCCAUGAGCAAGGAAUCGAGCAACUACGACAUGGCCGAUUUCGAUCAAGCUUCGCUUUUUCUCUACCUAGACAGUCAUGAUCAACAAUCCAUCCAAGAACAACGACAAACUCUGAACAUCUUCCCUUCCCAGCCGAUGCAUGUAGCCGACCCAGCUCAUGAAGCAAAGAGUGCUGGGGUAGCCAUGGCCAUGCUUCCCAAUGGCAACCAGCUGCAGGUUCUUCCUUCUCAUCCCAGCAAGAAGCCUGAUCAGCAAGGUGGUCAAAAGAUUAAUUCCAGUGUCCCUACUAAUCCACCUGGCCCUAAUCUUCCCUUGCCUAACUCUGCCAAGGAUAACAAGAAUAGUAGCCUCAUUAAGGGGCCAAAAAAAUGUGGCUUGCAGAAGGAAGGAAGCAGCAGUGGGAAGGGUGCAACAACAUCCAAUGAUCCAGAAAGAGAAGGAAGGAGGACACUAGACCCUAAGACACUGAGGAGGCUUGCACAGAAUAGAGAGGCAGCAAGGAAAAGUAGGCUUAGGAAGAAGGCUUACAUUCAGCAGUUGGAGUCAAGUAGGAUUAGGCUAAGCCAGCUUGAACAACAAGUUCACGUGGCAAGAGUACAGGGUGCUAUGCUGGGUGCUGGAGAUCAGCACCAGGGCCUUCCUUCUGGCCCUUCAGCUGCAUCGUUGUUUGACCUGGAGUAUGGGAGAUGGGUGGAGGAGCACAGCAAGCUGAUAUUCCAGCUGAGGGCAGCCCUGAACGAGCAGAUGGCGGACAGCCAGCUGCAGGUGUUCGUCAACGGCGCGAUGGCGCAGCACGACGAGCUGCUGAGCCUCAAGGGCGCCAUUGCCAGGGCUGACAUCUUCCAUCUCCUCUGUGGCGUCUGGGCUACCCCCGCCGAACGCUGCUUCCUUUGGCUCGGUGGAUUUAGACCCUCUGAGGCCAUCAAGGUGAUGCUUAAGCAGGUGGAGCCGUUGUCGGAGGGGCAGCUGAUGAGCAUCUACGAGCUCCAGCAAGCGGCGAAGGGGACGGAGGACGCCCUCAGCCACGCCAUGGACGGCCUCCAGCAGUCGCUCUCCGACACCGUCGCCGCCCCUGACGUCGCCGCCGCCGGCGGCUUCAUGGGGCACAUGUCCCUCGCCAUGAACAAGAUCUCCGCUAUGGAGGACAUCGUCAGGCAGGCAGAUGGCCUGAGGCAGCAGACCCUGCACAAGCUGCAGCAUAUGCUGACCAUCCGGCAAGCCGCCCGGUGCUUCGUGGCAAUCUCCGACUACUUCCACCGCCUACGCGCACUCAGCACACUAUGGGUUGCGAGGCCAAGGCCGGAGGAGGGGCCGGCAAUGUAGAAUAAGUGUCUCAGAGAAGAUCAGAACAUCAACAACAAUGCUUGCAAAAUUUAACCUGGUUAAGAAUUAGGUAGUUAGCUGCAUGCAGUGAAUUGAACUAGGGAGCACAUUUGAAGAGAGGUGUAUGUGAGAGUAAUGCUCUCUCAGAUGUGUAACUUGCAACUUUGUAAGGUGUAUAUAGCUUCUUAGGUGUUAGAGAAGAAAAGAAGUAGGGAAUAGUGGAAACUUAAUUUGAACUUUCUUUUGUUUCUUUUUAUCCCUGACUUUUUCUACUUCUUUGCCAGCUAUAUGUAAGUUCACCUGGAACUACAUCAUUGAUUUGGAUAGUGUUUCUAAUACUUGCUGGUAACAAAAUCAUGAGAUAAAUGCUCUAAGGGGAAAAAAAAACUUCCAGAGUCUCAUAUCCCCUCUGAAAUUUGUUCGCU